AUGCCUGUCGAACUUUUAAUGAGACCUAUUAUGAGGCCAUUGGUGGUUGCCAAGUCUGUUCUCUUCCAUCCCCAUAGAAGAGCUUCCAGAUAUGUCCCAAAAAUUAUAGAAUUUGAUGAAGAGAACUUGACUGAGUAUGCUAUUAGAAAACGAUUUGGUACAGGGUCCAAGGUUUUUGAUGUUUUCGACACAACUGAGGGUGAUAAUGGGCCAUCCGAUUCAGAAAAAAGACUUUAUUGGUUUGUCAGAUCAAGAGCUGUGAAAGGUGCUUAUAAGAUGUAUUCCACAAAGAUUCUAGGUACCGGUCCGGAGGGCGAGGACGAGCCUAUCGCCACUACGAGAGCUGGUCUAAGAUCCAAUGUAUUGAUGAUCAGGUCUCCCGAUCAGAUUCCUGCUGCUGAGUUGGGUUGGCAUGUUAUCAAUCAUAGAGUUGAUGCCAAUGAUAGUUAUCGUGUUUUCACUUUAUCGAACGGUAAGCAAUUCCAUUGGACCACCACAGGCAGAUUCUUAGAAAUUGUCCACAAUCCGGGAGAAAAAGAAUCGGAGGUUAGGGAACGAGUUGGGCAAGUUAUUCCGGCAGGAACCGGAGGCUGGAAUAUCAAGAUUGAUGAAUCGAAGAUUUCACGAGAGUUGGCUAUCACUACGGCACUUUCGUCGGUGAUCGAUCAAUGGAACACGAACAUUGCGGUUGGUGGCAUUUACUACGCUAGACAGCAAGAAGAUGUUAGAUGGAAGCGUGACUAG